AUGGCUGAUUAUUCAAUUGACAAUCAUUUAGAUAAUAACUCUAGUGAUUUAUCUAAGAUAAUUUAUUUAGAUAAUAAUGCAACAACAUGUGAAGAUAAAUUUGUUAUUGAAUCAAUGAUUAAUCAUUUAAAAUGUUCAAAUUCAUUUGGAAAUCCAAGUAGUUCACAUUUAAUUGGAAUUAAAGCUCGACAUUUAAUUGAUGAAGCAAGAGAACAAGUUAAAAAUGCAAUUAAUGCUUCAUAUUCAAAUGAAAUAAUAUUUACAAGUGGUGGAACAGAAUCAAAUAAUAUAGCUAUUCAUGGAAUUCUUAAAUCUAAUAUAAAUUUAUUUCAACAUAUUAUAACAAGUCCAUUUGAACAUCCAUCUGUUGAAAAUAUUCUUAAAUAUUUACAAAAUUCAAAUAAAAAUAUUCAAAUAUCUUAUCUUAAAGUUGAUUCAAAUGGAAUAAUUGAUCUUGAACAUUUUCGUCAAUUAUUAAAACCUGAAACAAAACUAGUUACUAUAAUGCAUAGUAAUAAUGAAAUUGGUUCAAUUCAACCAAUCGAAGAUAUUGUUAAUAUAUGUCGGGAAUAUUCUUCAUAUAAUAUUAUUAUUCAUAGUGAUGCAUCACAAUCGAUAGGAAAAGUUCCAAUAGAUGUAUCACAUCUCGGUAUUGAUUUAUUGACAAUAUGUUCACAUAAAUUUCAUGGACCAAAAGGUAUUGGUGCUCUUUAUAUUCGUCAAGGAAUUAAAUUAGAAUCAAUUAUAUAUGGUGCACAACAUGAACAAGGUAUUCGACCAGGUACUGAAAAUGUUUUAGCUAUUAUUGGAUUAGGAAAAGCUUGUCAAUUAAUAUCAAAUAAAUAUAUAUUAAAUGAAAGAAUUCAACAAAUGAAACGAACACGUGAUAGACUUUAUCAAGGUUUAUUAAAUAAUUUUAAUCAGAAUAAUAAUAAUAAUAAUAAUCAAUAUUUAAUUAUUCGUAAUGGAAAUGAACAAUCUUUACCAAAUACAUUAAGUUUAACUUUUCCUGGAAUAAAUGCUAAAAAAUUAGUUAAUCAAUUAAGUGAUAGAUUAGCUUUUUCAACAGGUAGUGCCUGUCAUGAAGAUAAUCAACAACAAUUUAUAUCAACAACACUUAAAGCUAUUGGUCUUUCAUAUAAAUUAGCAAUAAGUACUAUUAGAUUAACUACAAGUUAUAUGACAACAGAUUAUGAUAUUGAUCAAGCUAUUAUUAUUAUUAAAAAUGCUAUUCAACAACAACUUUCUUCUUCUUCUUUCAUUAAUCAAGAUCAACAUCAUUAA